AUGGCGGAUUCAGAGAAGAUGGCAGUUAUCAUCGAGGGCGGCGUCUCUCCGACGUCGUCCUCUCUCGAACCUCCCAUCGACCGUGCUGCUGAGCGGCGCCUGGUCCGCAAGCUCGACAUGCGCAUUCUCCCAGUCCUAUGGGUUCUGUAUCUGGCGAACUUCAUCGACAGAGCCAAUAUUGGCAACGCCAAAAUCCAAGGCAUGGAAAAAGAGCUCAACCUCAUCGGCCAGCGCUUCAACAUCUGCGUGUGGAUCUUCAACCUCGGCAUCCUCACCGCCGGCGUCCCUCUAACCAUCGCCUUCAAGAAGUACGGUCCCAAAUCGCUGUGCGUCAUGAUGGUAGCUUGGGGCAUCACGGUGAUCGGCUGCGGGCUGGUAAAGCGCUGGGAAGAGCUCGUCGUCACGCGCCUGCUGGAAGGCAUGGCGGAAUCUGCAUUUAUUAGCGGCGCUGCGUACCUCAUCGGCGCGUACUACACGACUAAAGAAUACCUCAGCCGCUUCGUUUUCUUCUGUACGGCUGGAAUCAUCGCCGGCGCAAUUAACGGCUUUAUUUCUUCGCUGAUUGCGAAGAUGGAUGGCGUGGGUGGGUAUAGCGCGUGGAGAUGGAUCUUCAUCAUCGAGGGCAUCUUAACCAUCGUGAUCAGCAUCGUCUCCUGGCCGCUCGUCGUCCCCUUCCCAGAGGAUUGCAACUUCCUCUCCAAAGAGGAAAAAGAGCUCAUGCUCACGCGCGUCAAAGACGGAGGCCACAACCCCAACGAAACCAUCACCCUCCGCGGCGCCCUGCACCACCUCAAGGACUGGAAGAUCUGGGCUGGUGUCGCCAUGAACCUCGGAGUAACUGAGAACGCAAAUUCGCUCGCAAAUUUCCAACCCACCAUCCUCAAAGGCCUCGGCUACACCGCCACCCAAGCACAAAUCCACACCAUCCCCGUGUACCUCGUCGGCGCCACCUUCAGCGUCAUCUUCGCCUACCUCAGCGAGUACCUCAACCGGCGCUACGCCUUCUACAUCCUCGGCUGGGCCGUGCUCGUCGUCGGGCUUGCCGUCGAAAUCGCGUACCCGCCCGCGCCGGGCGUCCGGUACAUGGGCAUGUUCUUCAUCGCGUGCGGCUGCUACCUGGCGAUGCCGAUCAGCAUUGUGUGGGUGAGCAUGAAUGCCGGGAAGGGGUACAAGCGCGCGAUUGCGAUUGGCGCGAUUAUUAAUUUCGGGACAGCGGGCGCGUUUGUGUCCAGUAACGUGUUUAUGUUUAAGGAGACGCCGAGGUUCCAUACCGGAUUCAGCACUGGGCUGGGGCUGGCGUGCAUGGGUGCCACUGCGGCGACGAUUACGUUCCUGGGCUGCUGGUGGGAGAACAAGAAGAGGGAUGAGCGGAGGUCGGAGUAUCCCGCUGUGGUUGAGGGGACUGUGGAGGAGUUGGGGGAUGAGCAUCCGGAUUUUAGGUUUGCGUUGUAG